CGCAAGUCCCAAAUGCGCGCUGUUGAUUGGUUGACAAUCAAGUUGCGCAUGAUUUUUAGAGUUGCAAUUGAUUGCAACUCUUUCUGCAACGGGCCCCAGUAUUGUUAUUUGUUAUUGUUGCAAGCACAAAUAUGGACAAUUGCUUUCUGUUGAGAUGUUACAAAAAUGCAGAGCUGUGCGAUUGGCUAUAAAUAUCAAUUCAGUAGACCUAUGUGCGCUUACAUCUGAUUAUUUGUGUCUAUUCACCAAGCCUGACCAAGUACAUAUCAAUCCUUCCACAUUUAAUUAUCGAACGUGUAUACAAUUGAAAAUUCCACUUCAUGUACACCCCUUGUUGUUACAUAUCCUUAGAUAAUAAAAAAAAUCUUUGUUUGUUUUGCAGGACUUCUCUUCAUCAAAGACUGUUGUGAGUGCAUACUGACCUGGUAGAUCCAUGGCUUCUAGCACCAUGGAUGACGAAACAAGAUCUCCCCUGAGUUCCAUGGAGGAAGAAAGAAGAUCUCCUAUGAGUACUAUGGAGGAAGAGACAAGAUCUCCCUUGGAGAGAAUCUGCCAAGUUCUUUCAUCCAAAUCCAAGAACUAUGAUGAUGCUGAUGACCAGGGGGAGAGUCUGCCCAACCCGGUGACAUCCGCUUUACAGUUCCGGUACAAGUGUGACAAGUGUGAACAAUCCUUCUCUUCCAAGGGCGGUUGUACAAAUCACAAAAAGAGGAUGCAUCCAACAGAUGAUGACCUGAGCAAACACUGGCAUACCUGUGAGCUAUGUGGUAAGAGCUUUUUCUACAAGAAGCAAUAUGACAACCAUGUUAGUAGCUGUAAUGGUAUUCCAGAAGACAAGAGCGGGAGUAUCUGUAUUUGCCCAAUCUGUCCGUUUUCGUGUGAUGAUAAGGAAGAACUAGCCAAUCAUGUUAUGGAACACGAGAAUGCUGAUGCGGAGAAUGGUGAUUUGCUUGAACCGCCCAUCCUGGAUGAAUCAUUGUACGGCAGGGAGAGCAAUGGACAGUAUGAUGGGGACAUCCCAGCACCUAGUCCAACUCUCUUUGUUGAUGAGUCAUUGUCAGAUGGUGUGAUGAAUGAGAUUGAGCCAGAGAUUAUUCAGUCAGAGAAGGGGACGUGGCAAUGCCCAAUGUGUCCUAUCCGCUGCACUGAGAAAGAUGUUGUCAAAGCUCACAUGCGAGACCGUCAUCUCAACAAAGUCAGGAAGCACAUUUGCAAUAUUUGCAAGCGUGCCUUCACUCACAGCUCAGGACUCAAACAGCAUAUAACUCGUGUCCACAAUGUUCCUGGACCCCCUCCAGAUCCGGAUGGAAAAAAGUUCUUCAAGUGUGGUCUUUGUGGGAAGGCGUUCUCUCUCGUACGUAGCCUCAUCAGUCACUGGCCUACCCACAAAUUGCAAACAUGCAGCAGUCUGGAGAAUUUUCAGUGUAUCCUUUGCAAGGCCUUUUUCCAACUUCCAUCUCAGCUCCAGGAUCACUUCAUCAAGCAACAUCCUCAAGAAGCUACUUCUCGUUCUAUGCCUUCAACCACCCUCUCUGAGAAACGACCUCAUCCUGAUAACUCUAGUGACACACAGCCUGCCAUAAAGCUAGAGAAACUGGACUUCUCAGCAGUAGAAGAUGAGCAGGAUUCUGCAAAAGGCAUGCCAGGAUUUCUAUCAAGUCGGCAAUGUAAGGACAGCUUUGACUCGGAUUACCAUCCUUCGCCAAAUACCAGGAAGAUGAAAGCUACCACAUCCGCAGCAAGUCCAACAGUCCGAAGCAGUCGUUCUGUCCAGUCACCCCAUGUUCCGAGAGAAGUAGAUGUUGACGAUCGGCCUGGGAGUCACAUCAGCAGUAUGUCUGGGUCUGAUUCCUCUUCUAAGGAACCAGUAGUUGAUGGCAGCUGUGAGGAUACAGAGCCAACCAGUUCCCAGUCGUGUGCAUCAUGUAUGGAGAAAUCUGGUCGCCUUCUCACCAGCUGUAAGCACUGUGGCAUUUAUUUCACAGAUUUUGUGAUGCAUACGCUUCACAUGGGGCUUCAUGGCCAGGAUCAUCCCUUCCAGUGCCAUCAUUGUGGAAAAAAUUGUCAUGACAAGUACAAUUUCUUCACACACAUCUACCGGGAAUCUCAUAUGUAGGUGGUUAUCAUUGUACCCCAAGCACAUACAGUAUGUUGUCAAUCACUUUAGAACUAUUUUGCUACUUAUAUUUUGAAGGGUCACAGGCUCAAAAUAGUUGCCUUAAAGAAAUGUUGCUGAUGUUCCAUACAUGCAUGGGAUUUUUUUCAGCUUUAUUUUCUUGGAAUGGUAAAAAAAGUAUGUGCUUAUUUAUGAACAUGUACAAUGACGAUAAUGAAAGGUAGCAAGCUACAGUGGAUCUUUCUAUCAAUAUUUGCCUUAAAUUUUGAUGUUUUCUUUUCUCUUUCAUUCUACGUUAUUUCCAUUAUAGGCAUGUAUAAAAAAAAAUCGAAUUCAAAUUCCAUUUUCAACUAGAAGAACAAUUAAAAUUGAUUAAUAAGUAUUGAUUACUGUAUGUACCUCAUGGUGUUGAUUUAUAUUUUAUUUCUGUACAUGCAUAUGACAUGUACAUCGUAAUUUGAUAUUUUAAACAGAUCAAGAUUUACAGAAGAGACCAAUAUUUCUUCUCAUAGAUCUUUUCACAUUAAAAACACAACUAUGAUCAAUUGCUAUUCCAACUUAUUAAUAUUUAUAUGCAGUCAUGUACCUCCAUAUUCCUGAAAGUUGAAAUAUAUUUGAAUGUAAACAGGUUUCAUGCAAAAGCUCAUUAUAGAGCAUUCAUGAGAAUACCUUUAAGAGAUGCAUGUACCGUACAUGAAUUGCAUACAUGUAGCAACUUUUCAUGAAAAAAAAUAUACAAUUAGUUUUCAUGUUCUUGAAAAAUUCGGAAGUACAGUGUUUAUUCACGAAUGCAAAAUGUGAUUUGGCUUAGUUUGGCAUCAAAUUCUGAUUGCGAACAAAUUUUCCAUCACUUUCAUAUAAUUUUUAAUGUGUAUAUCUGAUACAAUGUACAUUUUAUGAUUUACGAAUUUCAAGAUAGUAAUGAAAUGUUACAAGCUUUUGUUCUUGGCUCUAUCAUGUUAUGGAGUAGUCAGGGAUUGCUUUAUGUUUAACUGGUAUCUACUGUACAUGUAUCCUUGAUUCACACAUCAUUUGCAUUGUAGUAAGAAUUGAAAGGAAAUCAAUUGACUUUAGUUUAAACUGUCAUUAUUGAUUUUUUUGUGGUACUUUCACUUUAAUAUGUCAUUAGGAGCAUACCAGUAAUAAAGUUGGUUUUCAUUCUGCCUUAUCCAAAGUGAUGUGGAAGAAAAAUAUUACACCAUUGCAUCAGUUAUAGAAUUUAUAGACACAUUUCAUUUUUUCUUAUUGCACUUUAAUGUAGUCACUUGUAGUUGAAUGGAGCAAAAUUUUACUUGAGAAAAUAUUUGUUGUUAAUUGAAUGAGUUAAAUGACUAUUGUAUAUUAUUAUAAUACAAGUGCUCUCAUUGUGAUUUACACAUUGUUUAGUAAUUAUGUCGGUUAGAUGUGCCUUUCUCUUGUAAAUUGGAAAAUAUAUUUUCGUGUGUAAAUUGUAUGUAAGGGGUGUUAUGGGUAUAUCCAUUUCAUUUUGUUCAUUUGAUUCAUAUUUCUAUAUUUGAUCAUGUUUGUUCAAAGUGUAAAGAAUAUUUUGUGUACAAUUUUGAAUCUGAAACAGUGUUUUUGUUAUUUUAAUUGAUUUUGACAUGGUGAAGAAUCAUUUGACUUUAGAAGACUUUGACAGGGUCUUCAAAUUUAAUUAAUUUCUUGUAAUUGACAUAAGCUCAUAGCAUGCUUAUCAGAUGUAGAGAUUUGCAGCUGAAUUUUUUAAACUUUAAUUUGUUAGUAAAUAUUGAUCCGAUGGUCGAGUUGAUCGUGAAUAAGUCAACAGUACAAUGAUGUAUUUGUGAUUUUUUUAUUUUCCAUUCUGAUUCCUGUUCACUUAAGAUGGUGUCUCACUCUUGAUCCUGUUAAGGUUAAUUUGUAGUCAAUGCAAUCAAUCGUAAAAAAAAAGAAGAUGUUCUAUGAUGAUUGCCAUGCUUUGUAUUAUGGGCUCCUGGGGGGCGUUUCACAAAGAUUUAAGUAUGACUUAGAGUCUUACCAUAGAGCUAUCUGUAUAGCUCCAUGGUCUUACUUAAAUGCCGAAGCAUACAUGAUAUGCACAAUCUUAUUGAUCAAUAUGCAGUAGUGCGCAUCCACUUGCCAUGAUCUGACUAAUGCAGUGAUGUCUUUUAAACCGCACGCAACAAGGCAUUAAAGUGCAACUCUCGGUCAUACUUAAAUCUUUGUGAAACACCCCCUGGAGACUUAGAAAGGACCCCGUGAGACAAAGUUUGACAAUUUAUCAUGUGAUAAAUUUUAUAAUUGACUGCACAUACAUUAGUAUGCCAUACAAAUAUGUAAUAGAAUUGAUAAUAGUGUCCUGUAAUCAAUCACUAAGCUCUGUGCUACAUGGCUUCUCAAGUCAUGGAGAAUGUAUACAGGGGUGUAUACAUUACUACUCAUUAUGCCGAGACUGGCCGAGUCUGCAGGAAGGCAAAGAAAUAAACAAAUAUUCGACUUUGAAUCUCAAUUACACAGAGACUAAUUCAUGAUUCAUGCAAACACCACAACUGGCCAUUGGGGCGUGCGCCUGUAAUCCAAGCUAUGUGGGGAAGUUACAAAUUGAUGCAGAGGUUCGAGCCCUGGUCAUGUCUCUCGGAUGGUGACGUUAAAGGUCGAUCUCGGACGUAAAUGAUCAUUUCUGAUUGAUACACAUCUGACGGAACUCAAAGUUGAUUGAGAUUUUGAAACAAUUAAAAGGCUAAUUUGCAGAGAUGUUGCACUCUUUUCCAGGGCCUACUCUUACAAAGAGUUGCGACUGACCUGAUUGCUCAAAACAGUGAAAAUCCAUCAAACUCAUGAUUUGUAUAGGAAAUAUAUACAGCAUCACUUUUGUUCAGAAAAGAGGACUCGGGAGCAUAAUUUGUCUAGACAAUGAUGCAUGCAAGAGGUUACAAAUUAUUUUACAUAACACUUUCAUUGGAUGGCUGUAUUCUGGACAUAGGCGUUAAAAGCUUUCCAUAGUUACGAUCGAUCAGAUCAAUCACAAGUCUUUGUAAGACAAGGCCCAGAUGAAUUUUAUUCUAGACUCAUCUUCAAAAUGCAAGCAAAUUUUAUCUCUCAUGGAUGAAGGUGACUGACCCAAAUUGAUCGGUCUGAUCUAACAGUCCCGUCAAUCUGCAUUUUACCUCUCUUAUUGUCAAUCUGUUGAUGAAUUUAAUUGUGAUUAUGUCCCUUAACUUUUUAUUUUGUUUCUUGUAUAUGUAGCACCUUUAGUGAUAAUUUAUCACAAAAUGUGCAUUAUAAUACUUAUUAUGUGUGAUACGUAACUAGUGAUUAGUAACCAUUGGUAAUAAAUGGGGGGGGGGGGGGCUUUUGUUCAAAUGUUUCUUGUUAGAUAGGUUUUAUUUACAGCUCUGAAUAGUAUGCAAAUUUAUCGUACAGUGUAUAGGUCUGUGUGAUCUGUCAAGUGCCUGAAUAUAGUGAAUCUAUUUAUUCUUUAGUAGUGAUUCAACUAAGAAUAAGAAUGGCAUAUUGCCCAAAACUUUGUUCUGUACUCAUAUGAGGCAAGCUAAUUCAAACAUAUUUUUCUGACAUAGCAAACAAUUAUUGUUAUAUCACAGGUGUGUGUAUGUUUGAAGAAUUUUUUUAUUUUUGAAAACUCACAAUUUUUAUUUGGUCAACCACAUUUUUUCAUGGAGAAAUUCUUCCUUAAAAUCCUUUUUUAAGAAUAUUUCAUUUGCACAUCAGAUGAAAGAAUAACGUGAGUAGCUCAUAUUUUAUCAGUCAUUAAGUUUUGAUUUAAUAUUAUUUGGCAGAAAUUUUCUUGAAAAACAAUUUUGUGUUACAAGAAACUGCAAGGAAGUACUCGUUUCCACAGAAUCUCUGACUUUUUUAAGUCUGCGUAAAAAAUUAAUUACUUCAAUUUAAUUAUUUCUCUGUCCACCCCCCUCCCCCCCAAAAAAAAAAAUAGAAAACAAUCAACCACAAAAAUAUAUUUUGAAAAAAAUCAUAAUUUUAAAGAGAAUGUUCAAAUUUAUUGAAUCAAGUUAUGAUUAAUUAUGUAGAUGGGAACCAUAUAGACUGCAAUGAUUUGAAAACAAAUAAUUUCUUAUCUCAAUUUGAAAAAUGUCCUAGUACACAUAGGUUGUUUAUUAUUAUUUAUUUUUAUUGGUGUAUACAUGAAAAUUGACCAGCAGCGCAUGCUGAAAGGGUCAGUUUGCAAAUCUUCAUGAAUUUCAAUAUAAAAAAGCAAAAAUGAACGAAAAACGUAAUUCCAGUUGUUUAAAUUGCUCUGGAGCCAGUAUGUUAUGUUUUGAGAAUGAACUACAAUUUAAUGAAUUAUUUUAGUUAAAACAAAUCAAUUAAUUCAUGAUCAUGUUCAUAUACAUGUAGAAAUAUUUGCAUUAUAUAUGUACAUGUAUGUUACACAUAUUUAGGUCGUGCUUGUCAGAGCUGAUAUUUCAUUGCCUAUCAUGAACUUUGUUUAUUAUUCAUAAGAAAAUUGUAACAUAUUGCCUAUCCGUAGACAAAUGGGGAAAAAAAUUCUCUCAGCUUGAAAUGAAUUUCCAUUGUACCUAGUAACAAAGACUAUUUCUUAAUGAAGCAGUUGGGAAUUCCAUCUGCUUUUCCACCUUAAUGAUUCACAUAAUGAAUACAACUCAGUAGUCGGGUGUGGCUACUUCUGCAGUUGCCAACAAAAUUGAGAUAAUCCUCGCAAAAAAUAUAAGUUGAAAAAAUGUUAAUUCAAAUAUUUUUUUUGAACCUGUUCAUAAUGACCACCCUUCUAUAAAGGCCAAUUUUCUUGUCUCCCCUCUGGUGGUCAUUAUAUACAGGUUCAACUGUAACUAUUUACUGAUUUGAUCAACAAUGAAAUGAAUUGCCUUUUGAUAAAUGCUAUUCACUAUUGCUCAAGUGUUUGAAAUACACUUCGUGUAGAUCUUACAUGUCAUCCAGUAUACUUUACAUUUAGUUUCAUUGUUAAUUUCUUGCAAGAUUAAAAGUUUUGUUGUAAAUAA